AUGUAUCGGAAUGCGAAUACGCGUAUUAGUGGCGACAGUAGUCGUAGUGUUUGUGCAUUUUUUCGCGUCAGUAGCUCAAAUGUCGACAAUAUCAUCGUAGAUAUCGGCUCAGCCAAGACAACAUCGGUUGGGGGAUGUAAUAGACACUUUGCAUUAGGAGUUGCUGAUGCAACAUAUAUUAAUGUAUUUGGACUGUGCGACAUGUUUGAUAAUAAUUACAUUUUCGUUGGACCAGACACAUUAUACGACGGUAAUUUUCAUCAAAUAUGCAUAACGUACAAUUCUACGAAUGCAAAAUUAUGUGUUUAUCGAGAUGCUCAAGAACCAAUAUGUAUUACUCGGAAUAACGGGCCUUACAAUACUUCUCUAGGUAAUGUGCGAAUUGGUUGGUGGCCAGAUGAUAACCGCCAAUUUGUAGCGUUAGGAGGUGGAUUAAUUCGAUCGGUAUCGUUAUUUGACAGUGAAAUUUCACAGGAUUGUGUCAUUCAAGAAUUCAAUAGAGCAUUAGCAAUGAAUACGACAACAAACACGACAGUUUGGUCAAACACCACUGAAUCUAACACUUGCAACUACCAUGGAAGGUGGCACAUGGGAGAAUGUGUUUGCGAAGUCAAAUUUGAUGGUCAAAAUUGUUCUAUGUGCGAUCUAGGAUAUUUUAACUAUCCCAAUUGUUAUCAGUGCAGUGAUUGUGAAUCUCACAACGGAACCUGUAAUUAUGAAAAUGACACUUGUAUUUGUGAAGAUUACACCCGUUUCACGGGUCUAUUCUGUGCAGAGUGUCAGCCUGGCUAUUAUGGGUCACAAUGCACAAAUAGUACACAGUUAUUAUUUCUACAACCUACAAACGUGAGUGAUGUUUCAGCACGAGAUGGCAUCGAUAUUAUAUUGAUUGGUGCUUACUUCUACUUUUCUUCACUAACUAAUGUUUUAUGUCUGUUUCAAUCAUCCGUAACGUGGGCUGUUGUAGCAAAUAGUGCAAAUGUUUCAACGGUAGUCUGUGCCCUAUCGAAUUACACAGAAUAUGAAGAUGUCUACGUCUCACUCUCACUCGAUAAUGGUACUACAUGGGUUAACAAAUCAUACAAUUCGUGGAACUAUUCUGUUUCGAUCCAUAUCAGCUGUCCAACCAAUGGUUCAUGCCUUCGUGGGAAAUGCCGUAUGGGUAGUUGUGAAUGCCCGACAGGUUAUACUGGAUACCUCUGUGAUCAAUGUGACAUUGGUUAUUUCUUUAUUAUUUCAACUGUGUAUAGCUGGCUUCGUGAAUGUGCACCGUGCUCAUUGUAUUGUCAAAAUAAUGGAACUUGUGCCAAUUCAACAUGUAUUUGUCGACAUGGUUUUACCGAUCAAAUGUGUGAUAAAUGUCAAGAAAAUCGAUUUGGAUCGCUCUGUUUACCAUAUCCAAUAAUUCAGUCAAUCGAUCCACCCUCCAUCAAUGACAUUGGUGGCAUAAAUUUAACCCUUUAUGGCUUAAAUUUUAAUUCAAGUGAAUACAUAGGUCCCCGAUCUUGCAAGUUCUUUUCUGACACACAUGGCAUAAAUGCAUCAAUCACUGAAGCGAUAAUUGUGAACGACUCAUUAUUGAUUUGUUCAACACCUCUCAAUCUACUUAAUUCUACCAUUCGAUGGUUUCUUCGAUUACUGAUAGAUGGAGACGAGCAAUAUUAUUCAACAUUUAGCCUUCAGGUUUGA